AACACGCACUGGAGUUCCUCCACCAGCCGCUCUGUCCUGGAUGGCGAUUUAGGGCGUUUUUCUGAAACGCGUACUGUUAAAGAUACCAAAGAAAGGCGCGAAAGCUGUACUUUGUAUAAAAAUGCGUUUCUCAAUAUACACUCAGUACAUCAUCUGCGGUGUGUUCCUCGUCGGAGGAGCUGUUUCAGGCGAAGAGGUGAAGAAAGCUGUGGGCGAAACGGUUUCUUUUCUUCCAGAAAAUGUAAAGCCUCCUGUAACUAUUACAUGGAAACAGAUAAGUGAUUCUGGUACUGUUAAGGCGAUUGAAUGGGAUAAUGAUGAUCAGAAAUAUUAUAAACCCCAUCCGAGAUUCAGUGACGCCACAUCUCUCAAUAAGGACACAGGAGCAAUCACUAUAGCUAAUUUAAAACUGGAGCAUAGUGGAACGUACAUCAUUGACAUCAACAGUAAAGAGCAGAAGCAAAGAUUCACCUUGAAAGUUAUGGAGCGGGUUCCCAGACCUGAGAUAACUAAAGAUAACAGCAAUAAUCCUGAUGUGGUGUAUUUAAAAUGUGAAUACAAUGAAAUGAUCAUCUGGAAUAAUUCUACUGGAGUACUGGAGGAUCAGAACAACAAGAAAGAAAUCUCAGUUAAAAAAACAGGAAAUGCUGAAAACUUCUACACCUGCACAUUCAAGAACGAUGUGAGCGAAGAGACCAGUGAUCGGAUGUACGAGAGAGAUCUGUUUGAAGAUACUUCUGAUGAAAACCGGGAGGCGUGUGACCGUCCAAACAGUUAUGACUGUCAAGGCUCGAAUGCAGGACUGGUCAUUGGGAUUAUUGUGGCAGUCAUCCUCAUCCUCAUCAUCAUCGGCCUCAUUUGCGCCUAUCUACUCAAUGCGUCCUUUCACAACUGUGUUAAUGAUUGCUGUCCAUUUCUAAAAAGUUUAGGCUGCUUGGAAUGUUGCGCAAAAUACAGAAAGCAAUAUAGUCCAGCGCCAGCAAAGGAUGACGGAAAAACGGACGCUGAAGACGGCCAAGGAAACUCUUUGAAAGAGGUUUCGGUUCCCAACGGAGAUGAGCCGAAAGAAGAAACAGCUAGCCCAGAAUAAUAACAGCUCUGCUUCACUGAAACAAGUCAGCAGAAUUUGGUGGAGAGACCACAACAAAGACACAAAAUGAGGAUUUUUCUUUCUAUUGGCUUACUGAAUUGCUUCUACAAUGACAGUCUGAUUUUCAAAAACGGGCCGUGAGCUUUGCGCGAUUGAAAUCAUUAUUUAUUAUCUCAACCAAAUAUGGUUAGUUUUAAAAGUGAUCCUUCAUGAAUCAGGCCUCAGUUUAAUUGUUGGUGUUCACAUUGGUGAUUUUAUUUGAUUUUUUUCCCCCCUCUCCAAUCUGAUAGUCCACACUGUUAUUUUCAGACCACACGUGUCGUUCGUGACUUUUUCAGCAAUCUAUUUUUUUUCUCUGUCAAAGCAUAUUCUCGGCAUUGCAUUUUGACCAGAUUUAGGCUAAAUCCAUGACAAAGGAUUGACUUCCUGAAGCAGGCUGUGUGUUAAGGUAGUGCUGAUCAGGUUUCCGUCCACAGUUGCGAAAUUAACCGGUGCGCUUUACCGAAAUAUCGCGAAUGGAGAAAUGCUUACUUUUUCUCAGGCUUUUGAGAAUAAGCGUAAUUUCAGACGCUGUGGAAUGAGCGCUUAGUCAGGAUUUGCCGACCCAUUGCUCAAAAGCAUAUUACUUUUUUGAUGCGCUUGGAGAAAUUAAUUCGCGAAAUGCAUUUCCGCCGUGCAUUAUAUGAAAAACCAACGUGUUUUUAGCAAAUGAAUGGAUUUUUAAUUAAACCUGGACCGCUUUCAUCGCUUGUUUUAUCGUAAGAUACUUCAAAAUGCACAUUUGAGAGCGGCAGCCUCCAAACAGUAUCAUACUAUCCACAAAACAGUGAGAAAUGCACAUCCCAUGUAGGUCACAUGACCGUGUCAACAUGGCAGAAGAAUAAUAUCCAAAUUUCAUUCAUACUAUAUAAGACUAUCUUUGAACUAAAUUACAAAUCAAAUGUAGUACCUAAUUAUGCAAUUUAGUGAAACCAACACUGGGGAGGCGAACGUGCCAUCACACCAUACUACAUGUAGAAUAACUAAUUGAAUGUGUUUAAGACGGCUAGGUGACAUGAGACAGGAGUUAUACUGAUUCUCAGCGUCUAGAUGGGGCCGUUUGUGACUGGAUGUGAAUAAGACUUGACUACUUAGUUUGUAGCAUGCUCAUUGUCACAUGCCUUUUGUUCUGCUAUCAGAGAUCCUGAUAGAUGUAUGAAUUUGUAGAUAGUAGAAACAAGUAGCACUUAGUGCAAACAGUGCGUGAUUAGAAGUAAAAGGUUUGAAGCGUUUGCGCUUGGCGGGUGAACCUGCUCUUUGCUACUGAGAAACAUUGCAAUCUUUUUAUUCAAAAGGAAAUCAGGAAAAUGUCUUUUUUUAGGUCAUUCGUUGUAGUUUGUGCAAAUGUCUCGUUUUCAGAAACACCCAGAUAUGAAAGCGAUUCUGUAAUUCUCAUAUUUCUCUUUCACCGUGAGUAGCAUGCUGUAUUUCAUUCCGGUGUUUUAAACUAAUAUAAAGCCAUGUCUCUGCGAUGAAAAACACAUUUUAGGGCCUCAGCUUCUUAUGAGAAAUGAGAAACUCCCUCAUUUCUUUUUUUUUUAGCGUUUAAGGGUGCGGUUUCGAUUCAUUCAUACUUCACUGAUCUUGUCAUAGUUUCAUUUUUGAUUUGUACAGUAUCUUCUUAAUUUUGUAUAUUAUCCCUGCGGUAUGUAAUCUUUUUCUAGUGUAACCUUCAGUUUUUUUUUUCUUUUGUUGUGGUUGGUAUUUUUUUCCUUUUUAUAUAAUACAGGCAACAUUUAUGUAUGUCUUUUAAUGCCGGUUAUGAUGGAUCACAUUGUCUAUGACUGGAUAUUACUAACCUCAUUCACCAGUAUCUAAAAGUGCACCAGUAACUAAUAACAUUGAUCCCGAGGAGCUUUUGGGAAAUGUCUUUCCCAUAGGCUGCAGAUGUCGCUUUGCGGUCUUUGCAAAAUGCAUAAUUUCCUUUUUGUAUUCACAGACCUGUAUUUGAAUAUAUAAAAAAUGUGUGAGCUUUAUCCCAAAGUGGUUCUGAAUGUUUGUUUCUGUGUGUUUCGUAUUUUAAGGAACUGCAGAGAAACACUUGCCUGGUAACUGUUGCUUAAAUAGGGAUUAAAAUAGAAUUGAGGAAACUGUUUGCUCAUCAUAUUGCUCUGUGACAAUGAAAUUGAAUAUGUGAACUCCUGAACACUGCCUCUGCUCUUUGCGUCAUGAAGAUGGCUUUUAACAGAUCUUGUAUUUAGCAGUGGCUGUUACAUUUAUUUCACUUAUUUAGUAAUUUAUUCACUACAUUCUUUCAGUGUAUUUAGAAAGAAUGCGGCCUAAAUGCAUUUGCCAUUGUUUUUAUUGUUUGUUUUUUUUGUGCAAAUGUAAAGUAAAUCCCUCAAUCAAUUUUUUUAAUAUUAUACAAUUGCAGUGUCUGACGGCCAUGAAAUCCUGAAAUGUGUAUUAAGUUUGAAUAAAGUUGCCAUUUCAGAAAUAUUGGCAAAAUCAA